UCAAAAUAAAAUGAUAAUGUCAUAUGCGGGGCGGGAGACAUUCACCAGAAGCCUCUGACCAGCGAAGAAAAACCCACGCUCCGCUCCGCCACGCCGGUCUUUAAGAAAACCGUUUCUUUCAGGGCAGAUCGCUAUAGAAUCCAUCGGGUGAAUAGGAAUUGUUCAUCCCUACCUCCGGACAACAUAAUUCUUUGUCAAUUACAUUUCAUUUCUUUAGCUAUGCGGAUGCUUAGCAAAUGACAGACAUUCUUGGAAGGUCGAUUUCCAGUCCAAUAAUGAGAGACACGGCACAGUUUAGGCUGCCCAGUUGCGUACCUCAAACGGUGAAGCCCUCUAUCCAAAACCCAAAACCUAAGUCCGAGUGAAGACUGAAAAGAUGGCGUCAUUUCGGCUCAGUAGCGCCUCACGCAGCCUCCUCAGACCUGCUCUCUCUUCUUCACUCUCUAUCCUCUCCUCAUUGCCAUCGUCCACAGCCACGAUUACGAAUCCCCAUUUUAGCAACCAUUUCACUCGAUUUUCUCAUUUGUUUCCCAAUUAUGAAAAUUCUCGUGAUCAUUUCAAAAUCUCCAAGGAAAAUCUGUCAGUCCUUUCAAAUUUCAGUCCCGGAAUUGCUUGGAUAUCGACUUCUUCAGGAGUCGAGGACCGCUCGAGCAAAGUUGAUCAGCAGCAUAGUAGUAGCGGCAAUAACAAGAAUGUUGUGGAGGUUCCUUCGUGGAUUGACGUUUAUUUGCCGAGAGCAAUUCAGCCUUACGCUAAGCUUGCCCGCCUCGAUAAGCCUAUUGGAACAUGGUUGCUCGCUUGGCCUUGUAUGUGGUCAAUUACAUUAGCAGCAACACCUGGGCAUCUUCCUGAUUUUAAGAUGAUGGCUCUAUUUGUUUGCGGAGCUUUGCUUUUGAGGGGUGCUGGUUGUACCAUUAAUGACCUCCUUGAUCGGGAUAUUGAUACUAUGGUAGAGCGUACAAAGCUAAGACCAGUUGCAAGUGGUCUUUUGACGCCAUUCAAAGGGAUUUGUUUUCUUGGGUUUCAACUGCUUUUGGGUCUUGGAAUUCUCCUUCAACUUAAUAAUUAUAGCCGUGUUUUGGGGGCUUCAUCCUUGUUGCUAGUCUUCUCUUAUCCUCUCAUGAAAAGAUUUACAUUUUGGCCCCAAGCCUAUCUAGGUUUGACUUUCAACUGGGGAGCCUUAUUAGGUUGGUCUGCUGUUAAAGGAAGUCUAGAUCCAGCCAUUGUGUUUCCACUCUACUUUUCUGGAGUAUUCUGGACUCUUGUGUAUGAUACAAUAUAUGCUCAUCAGGAUAAAGAGGAUGAUAUGAAAGUUGGUGUUAAAUCUACAGCCUUGAGGUUUGGGGAUUCAACUAAGGAGUGGUUUGUUGGAUUUGGAAUUGCAUGCAUAAGUAGUCUUGCUCUCAGUGGAUUCAAUGCUGAUAUAGGGUGGCCAUAUUAUGCCUUUCUGGCAGCUGCAUCUGGACAUUUAGCUUGGCAGAUAUGGACUGUUAAUCUCACAUGCCGUGCUGAUUGCAAUAGAAAGUUUGUGUCUAACAAGUGGUUUGGCGCCCUUGUUUUCAGUGGGAUUUUAUUUGGAAGAGUCUUCUCUUAAAGGAACUGGGUGCUUUGAAAGCACAGGACAAUUUUUGAAUGAUACUAAAUGGUUGGAACCAUUAGAUAAAUUUGAAGAAAGCAGACAGAAUUGGAGAAUAAAUUCUGCUAAUUUCGAUGGGAAAGGGAAAGACAGUAAUGAAUUUUGUUGAAAGUCACUUGUUAAGUUCAUUUUGCUUUCAUCUUCUUUACUUUUUCCUUUUCUUUUUAAAUUUGGUAUUUUAAAGAAGAAAAGAGAGAGAGAGAGAGUUAUUUGGCAGAAAACGACUGACAUUGUUGUAUCAUCCAUUUAUGGAGUAUAAAGUCAUUGUUGUUACAAA